UUAUUGUAUUUGCAUAAUGGGAAGAAGGUAUAGUUUGAAAUUAGGAGAGAGAGAGAGAGAUGGAGAAUGAAGGGUACUAUUUGGCAUUGUUUGAUACCAAAGAAGAAAAGGGGAGAAUUUGGUAUAGGGUAUUUGCAUUCUCCAUUCUUGUGGGGAUUUGUUUGAUUUGGAGUUAUAGACUCAAUUUUAUACCUCAACAUGAUGGUGAAGGUAGAAGAUGGGUUUGGGUUGGUUUAUUUGCUGCUGAGUUAUGGUUUGGAUUUUAUUGGCUUUUCACCCAAGCUUCUCGGUGGAAUCCUAUUCACAGGCGCCCCUUUAAACACCGUCUCUCGAAAAGGCAUGAGGCAGAGUUUCCUGGAGUGGACAUAUUUGUAUGCACAGCAGACCCUGAGAAGGAGCCAUUGCCUAUGGUCAUGAAUACUGUAUUAUCUGUCAUGGCAUACGACUACCCACCGGAGAAGCUCAACGUGUACCUCUCGGACGAUGCAGGCUCCGAGCUCACCUACUAUGCUCUCGUAGAGGCCUCUAAAUUUGCGAGGCAUUGGAUACCAUUUUGCAAGAAGUUUAACAUCCAACCAAGGUCACCUGCAUCUUACUUUGCUUCACAGUCUAAUCAUCAGAGCAAAGAAGUGGUCUUUAUUCAGAAACUAUACAAGGAGUUAGAGAGUAGAAUCAAUGUUUCAGUCAAACUAGGUCAGAUUCCUAAAGAAAUACGAUCAAGUAUUAAAGGACUUUCACAGUGGAAAUCCUAUGUAUCUCGUCGUGACCAUGAUACCCUCAUUCAGAUAGUAGUAGAUGGGAGAGAUCCAAAAGCUACAGAUGUUGAAGGAGAUAUGUUACCAACUUUGGUAUAUUUGGCUCGUGAGAAGAGACCUCAAUAUUUCCACAACUUCAAAGCUGGAGCCAUGAAUGCCUUGCUUAGGGUCUCAUCCCAGAUAAGCAAUGGGCAAAUCAUACUCAAUGUAGACUGUGAUAUGUAUUCGAACACCUCCGACACCAUAAAAGAUGCACUUUGCUUUUUGAUGGAUGAAGAGAAGGGUCAUGAGGUUGCAUUUGUACAGUUUCCACAAAAGUUCCACAACGUGACGAAGAAUGAGAUUUAUGGCAGUAGUUUACGAGUAAUGAAUGAGGUGGAAUUCCGUGGUAUGGACGGUUUUGGAGGCCCACGAUAUCUUGGAACAGGCUGCUUUCAUAGAAGAGAGGUUUUGUGUGGCAAAAAGUAUAGUAAUGGAUACAAAAAUGAUUGGAACGGUAAAAAGUAUAGGAAUUAUGAAGGCAGUAUAGAUGAAGUAGAAGAAAAAGUGAAGCAUCUCGCAAGUUGUUCAUAUGAAAAGAACACACAAUGGGGAAAAGAGAUGGGUUUGAGGUAUGGAUGUGUAGUAGAAGAUGGUGUGACUGGGUUGUCAAUACAAAGACAAGGAUGGAAAUCAAUUUAUUACAGCCCAAAAAGGGAAGCUUUCCUAGGUGUUGCACCAACCUCAUUAAUUCAGACACUAGUUCAACAUAAGCGAUGGUCAGAAGGUGACCUUGAAAUUCUUCUAUCUAGGUACAGUCCUGCGCGGUUUGGUCAGGGAAAGAUUAGCCUUGGUCUACGAAUGGUAUAUUGCAUCUAUUCUCUUUGGGCUGUUAAUUCAUUAGCAACAUUAUAUUACUCCACUAUUCCCUUACUCUAUCUCCUUAGAGGAAUUCCCUUAUUUCCAAAGGUUUCAAGCCCAUGGUUUAUACCUUUCGCAUAUGUGACAUUUGCUAAGUAUGGUACUAGUUUGGUGGAGUUCUUGCUGACUGGAGGAACAAUCCUGGGUUGGUGGAAUGAACAGAGGAUUUGGCUAUACAAAAGAACAAGUUCCUAUCUCUUUGCUCUUGUAGACAUUGUCUUGAAGAUACUUGGAUUGUCUAAUUCAGCAUUUGUAAUCACAGCUAAAGUGAUUGAUGAAGAAGUCUCCCAGAGAUAUGAAAAUGAGAUAAUGGAAUUUGGAGUUUCCUCACCACUGUUUACAAUUAUAACAACAAUUUCUUUGGUUAAUUUUCUUUGCUUUAUUGGGAUGAUGAAGAAAGUAGUAGAGAGUGGCAGUGGUUUGGUGAUGUUUUUGGAAACAAUGGUUUUGCAGAUUCUUCUUUGUGGAAUUUUGAUUAUGAUAAAUUGGCCUUUGUACCAAGGACUUUUCUUUAGAAAAGAUAAAGGCAAGAUGCCAACCUCCUUAACCAUCAAGUCCUUUAUAUUGGCCCUACUCAUUUGUAUUUCCUUUUCAUUCCUACUUUAAUUGUGACCACCCCAUGUAUUUGAAGUUUACUUUGUAUUUCAUCUUGGCUACUUUAAUUACAAUAGAUAGGAUUAAUGACUUGAAUUUAUUUUUUAAGGU